AUGCAAGGUCAUAGAUCAUCCGAGUACUCUAGGUCUCUAGCAGAUAUAUCAGAACAGGCAAAUGAAUCUAUGGAGAAAACAGUUAAGACACCUGCAAGAAAAGUUUAUAAAUAUUUGUUUGCAGAUAUUAUGGCAGUUAUAGCCGUUUUUUCAUCAUUUAUUGCUGGCUUAACGCCAAUCAUAUCAUAUCAAUUUAUAGGAAGUGUUAUCACAGAACUUGGAAAAUAUUCAACUGGCCAAAUCGAUGAUCCUCUGCCAGAAACCCGAAAACAAGUAAUAUAUUUAGUCAUAACAUUAUUAAUAGUAUCAAUAGCAUUUUUCUUUGCCACUUUCUUAUGGAAUCGAGUUGGAUGCAGGAUGUCUGUAAGAAUUAGAAAAGAGAUAUUUUCAAAUUUGAUGUGUUUUGAUGUAACAUUCUUCGAUAAUAAUUCAAUAGGUAGUUUGUUGACAAUAUUGGGAGAAGAUGCAACUGCGAUUCAAGAAGCUUUUGGUUCAGUGAAGAAUUCUCAGAUUCAAAGUUUAGCGCAGUUCAUUGUUGGUUUCAUUAUGAUAUAUAUUCAAAGCUGGAGACUAGGAUUAAUUAUGACAGCCACAAUUCCAUUGAUUUUGGUCGCAAUGAUUACAAUUCAAUACUUUCUCAAUCGUAGCUCUGAGAUAGGAUUUCAUAAUGUCUCAUCUAGUAUUACGAUUGCAGAAGAAACAAUUUCAAAUGUUAGAACGGUACGAGCAUUUAAUAGAGAAGAAGGUGAUGUUCAGAGGUUCAGUGUCGAUACAAACAAAAGCCAAAGUUUCUAUAGCAAAUUCUUUGUUUACAUCGGUAUUGAAUUUUUCAUUUUAAUUUUAGUCAAUUAUGGUUUCACUGCAGGUGUACUUUACUAUGGAUCUACUAUAGUUGGCAAGAAGGAAAACGGAAAAGAGUUCACAAGUGGAGCACUUAUUGCAAUUUUCGGAUUUGCUUUGUCGGCAGCCUGGGGUUUAACUAAUUUUCAGUUUUUCCUCGGACAAAAAGAGCGAGCUGCACAAUCUGCUGCACGUGUGUUGGAUAUGAUCGGUUAUCAGCCAUCAAUAAAUUUUGAUGGAGGAAUGCAAUAUGACGAUUUCAAAGGAGAUAUCGUUUUCGAUCAUGUUUCAUUCAAGUAUCCAUCAAGGAAUGUAUUUGCACUAAGCGAUGUCUCUUUCAAUAUCAAGUCAGGACAGAGUGUCGCUUUCGUCGGUCACUCAGGAAGCGGAAAGUCAACGAUCGUUUAA